AUGGCGACAGCAGCGGCACCAGCGGUGAUUUCAUGGACGAGAACGGGAUUGGUGUGCAAAUCCGCACAGACACAGAGCAAAUCUGAGAUGAAAGUUUCAUUCAUAAGAGGACUUAAUUCUUAUGGCGGUCUCAAGGCACAGAACAACAAGGUUGUCUCCAUGGGAUUACCAAUUUGCACAGAACAGUGUUUUGCCGAUGUUGUGAUAUCUCUUAAGGGACGAAGAAGUGGUGGAGGAGCCGUAACCUCCACUUGUAACGCUGUCGGAGAGAUUUUCAAGAUUGCAGCAAUCAUGAACGCUCUUACUCUUGUUGGUGUUGCAGUUGGAUUCGUUCUUCUUCGAAUCGAAGCUUCUGUUGAGGAAGCCGAGUAA